AUGGCUAUCGCCGACUCAUCAGAUCCUACCGAACAUGACCAUCCAUCCUCCUCCUCAGCUGCUGCUGCUGCUCGGCUGGCCCCAAGACGGAAACGGGUCUGGAAAGCGAACAAGAUAUUCCGCAAUCAACUCAAAUUCAUCGGACCUGGCAUAGUGGCCGCAGUAGCUUAUUGUGAUCCAGGAAACUGGGCAACUGAUUUAGAAGCCGGUUCCACAUUUGGAUAUGCCCACCUAUUCGUAAUUCUCUCGGCUUCGAUGAUGGCGAUAGUGCUUCAGGUUCUUGCAACCCGGUUGGGUUACGUUACGGGGAAAGACCUGGCACAGCACUGCAGAGCAAGGUUUUAUGAUCGUCCAACACACACGAAACUGUGGCGGUGGGCUUGUUUAUAUCCUCUGUAUGCUGUUUGUGAGGCUGGAAUCAUAUUUACCGAUUUAGCUGAAUUGCUUGGUUCCGCGAUUGCGCUCAAAAUGUUGAUUCCAAGAUUGCCGCUCUGGGUUGGCGUCCUGCUUACUUCAACCGACGUUUUCAUAGUCCUAGCCUUCUUCAAUUCCUAUCCAGAAAUCUCCAGUCGCAGCCGCCGUUCCAUGCACAUCUUCGAAUUCUCGGUCUCGAUACUCGUCCUGAUCGUUCUAGUUUCUUUUAUCGUCUUGAUCGUCAACGUCCAGCCAGAUUGGGGGGAUACUUUCCGAGGCUACUUGCCCAGUCGGACCAUGAUUGUCAAUGGCGGAUUGUAUCUUGCAGUCAGCAUAGUUGGCGCGACAGUUAUGCCUCACUCCAUAUUCCUAGGUAAGCAGAACAGCAGUCCAUUUUAUUCCCAGUGCUGCUCUCAAAACCAGUUCCAAGGUUGCAUUUCGGAUCGAUUAAAGCCUUCGCCUAUGGAGGAUAAAGAGACACAACUAGGGCGAUCACCUGACCCUAGCACUUCUCCAAAUCUCUCGCCCAUUCAACAAUCUGGCGAUCUGCCCUCCCUCCAAAUCGCUCGCGCAGCUGGCCUACGUUUGCACCAGACCUCACCCGUCAACGACUACGUCAGUUCCGUUGAACAUUGUAAAGCCCAUCUUGCGCACGCUAGCUUCGAUGUCGCCAUAUCCCUUUUCACGCUUGCUUUGCCUAUCAAUUCAGCUAUUCUCAUCGUUGCGGCUGCUGCGUUCUAUUACAGUGGAUCGGAUGGCCCCUCACAGGUGGCUGAUCUAGCAUCGGCUCAUCAGUUACUGACGAGUCGCGUUGGAGUCGGAUCAGGCUAUAUCUUUGCCAUCGCUUUAUUGGUGGCUGGUCAAGCCGCUUCUAUUACGGUCACCCUGGCCGGCCAGAUUGUCUCUGAGGGAUUUAUCGAAUGGCGCACUCGACCAUUCGUCCGAAGACUGGUCACCAGAUUAAUCGGAAUCGUUCCUUCUGCCAUUGUGGCUGCAUCCGUCGGACCGCAGGGCGUCGAUGACCUCUUGAUUGGAAGUCAAGUGGCGCUGAGUAUGGUUUUACCAUUUGUCGUUCUACCUUUGAUCAUCUUUACAUCAGAUCCACAGACGAUGACCAUGCCCAAUUACCACUCACUCCCCUCAGGAUCACCGAUCGGCUCUCCCACCACCACACAUCCUACUAAACCACCUGGCGAAAAUGAAAACGAAGGCUCGCUGGCGCUCAUGUCUUCAAAUGAAUCUACAUUUGAAAACAAUUUGGCCACCAAGAUCAUUGUUGGUCUCAUCUUCUGUAUUUGUUGCGUCGCUAACGUUUAUGCUAUUGUACAAUUAGCUCAGGGUAGGACUUGA